AAUCCAGAAGGUAUUAUUGUUAGCGACUUUGAACUUAAAUUUGUGUAAGCUUGAACAUGAGAAGUGACAGAAAGUGAAUUUUGCAUACAAAAUGUUUGACGAUUUGGCCAAGAGAAGUUCUUUCUCAAACUGAAACAGUUUAGCAUUAUUGAAACUUGAUCUAAUUCUUCUCCAGUUUACUUGCUUAUUUUGGUGGUGUGAUCACUCUGUCUUAAUGAUGUUCUUAAGGAGAGGGAUCAGUUUUGCAUUGAAAGUGAAACCCCAUUUCCAGUCAAGUUAUUGCGGUUUUUGCUCGAAAGCCAUUCCGUCAUCAGUUUUCGAUAAGGAAAAUGAUUCUGUUACUAAUUAUUCUAGUAACCUUCAUCUUUCUCCACUGUUCCCUGAUGCUAAACCUUCUCAUUUGAGUGGUUAUGAUAUUGAGUUGGUGGACAAUGAUGCUUGGCAACUUUCAUCCGGUUUGGCUCAAGCGUGGCGCGAAGAAACGAGUUCUUUGUUGAAGAAAGAGAUUGCUGAUUCAGUCGAUAAUAAUGGUUCUCAACUGGGUAAGGGAGACCCGGAUUUUGAUGACAUUGAUAAUAUGAGAAUUCAUGGCAACCUUUUCUACAAGAUUGACCGCGAUUCCAAGGAGUAUGAAGAGUACAGCUUCGACUUUCAUCGCAGGAAGAAACCUUCCCAAAAAAAGAAUGAUCCUGAGGAAAGCAAGAGGAAGCAGAAUGAUUCAAAUGAAGCAAAAAGGGACAGCCCCUCUGUUACUGCAGCCUCCACAGGUGAAAAACUCCCUAAAGUCGCGAAUGAAAAAUGUGGUUUGAUGUCUCCAUUAGGCAAAACGGACAGUUCUUCUGUUGGGAAGAAGAAGCUGAGGACUCCCACUUUUAAUCAGCUUACUGGUCCUUACCAUGAACCAUUCUGCUUGGACAUUUACAUAUCAAAAGCUUCUGUCCGUGCCUGCAUUGUUCACCGAGUAACGAGCAAGGUUGUGGCUGUGGCGCAUUCGAUCUCAAAGGACAUGAAGUUUGACCUGGCUUCGACUAGAAAUUUAGCAGCUUGUGAGGCUGUGGGCUCGGUUCUGGCUCAGAGAGCCUUGGCUGAUGACAUUCAUGAUGUGGUCUACACACCAAGAAAAGGGGAAAGAUUGGAGGGCAAGCUUCAGGUUGUGCUUCAGUCCAUCAUUGAUAAUGGAAUCAACAUGAAGGUGAAGAUUAAGCAACGAAGACAGAAGAAAUCGGGUCCCCGAUAUAUGGCCUGAAAAGAUGUUUUCCUCUGAAUAUGAAGUACCCUAAAAAGAACUACUGUUCUCAUUAUAGCGGGUGGAUGUUUGUCAGAAGAUCAUCUAGCUUUGUUCCACAAUUAAGUGAAUAAA